AUCAAGAUACACACACACACACACACACACACACGUGGACCACAGCUGGUGUUGUGGUGCGCUGUGGUGAACUGUGGUGGUCUGUGGUGGUGUGUGGUGUUGCCUUGUUAAGCUGUGAAGUCUGUGUGAACGAUGGCCGCCAUGACCUCCCUGGCGGCACAGCUGGAGCGCCUGGCCACCCCCCAGACCUCCAUCCUUGACCUUGCUCGAGAUAAGAGGUCAAUUCUAUUUAGUCCUGCCGAGGCUGCCAAAUAUGGACGGGAUGUAUAUUUUGAUAUUGGUCGCAGUGGUUUUGACGUUCUGGCCAAAAUUGACUUGAGAUUUGCCACAUACUCCAACACACUCUUCGGGAGGGCGUCUCGUGACCUUCAGAGGGCUGUGGAAGGUCAGGAGGUCAACAUGAGACUGGAUAAGGAGUUGGAGGCUUUCCUGCUGCUACUGUCUCCUUAUCUACAGAAGGAGGCUGCUCUGAAGGCCCUGGAGUGGCUGGUCUAUAGGUACCAGGUUAAUGACAUGAACAAACGCGCUCUCCUGAUGUGCGUGUUCCCAUAUUACGAAUCGGCACUGUUUACGCGAGUUUUGCAAGUUGUGGCACUGUCGGGGGACCAGGGGGAGUGGCAGUGGCUCUCCCAGUGCCAGAAGAGUGCCAGGCCACCCCCCAAGCUCUCCAUCUUCACCCAGUGGGCCAAAAAACAGGUGUUUCGAAAUUUUGUCGCAGAUUAUCUCAAAAAAAUGCUGAAGGUCCACAGCAGCAAGAAUCUUCCAUCCAUAGCCUCGUCUUUCUUCAUCACGACAGUUCUAGGGGGACUCGGAACUGUUGAGGUGACAGACGACCACCUGGCAAGCAUCGUUAAGUCCCUCCCACAGUGCCUAGCCUCCCUUCACCCACACCUGGUCAGUGGCACCUACCUCAUUGUGGCACACCUGGCUUGCAACACACACCUGGCACCAAACACCCUUAGUGCCAUUGUCUCCUUGCUGCUAAAGACACCCCCGCCAACCCCAGAGCUCUUCCAGCCCUGCCUGUUGACCCUCCUGGCAUUGUCACACCACCAGGACCUGACAGGGGUGCCUGGGGAGAUCCUGGCACCCCUGGGGGAGAGGGAGGGGCUGCUUGAUUACCUACAGGACCUAGCAAGAGAGAAGAGUGUGGCAGCCCUGGUGUGCCCUUAUAUUCUGGGGUGUUUAAGUUCUCUGAUGGAAGAAGAUAAGAAGAUGAAGAAGAAGGAAGGGAAGGAAAUAAAGAAGGAGAAAGAGGAGGAGGAGGAUGAGGAAGAGGAUGAGGAGGAAAGGAAGAAAAGAAUAAGAAGAAAGAGGAGGAGGAGAAGAAGAAGGAGAAAGAGAAAGAGAAGAGAAACAAAGAGAAAGUUUCACAGAUUAAUUAAAACUUUGGAAGAUUUAGUGAUGUCGUCUUCCGAUGCUGCCAAAGUCAUCUGGUCAGUGUUGGAGGGCCUGAGCCGCCACCCUGGGCUUCUGUGCAUCGAUGUGGCACAGUCCCUGAGGUCCCUGGAGAGGUGCCACCCUGAGGGCCACACCCAGGCCAUCGCUCGCCUCUCCGCACUUCAAAAUGACGCCAAAUGUGGACACAAGUAUAGAAAGGUUCUACAGGCCCUUCUCCUCCCGUCCGCCUCAAAUGAACCUUAUUGCUUCACUCAGUUGGUCCACACAAAUGAGGUGGUUCGGUCCGCUGCUGCUAAGGGCUACUUGGAGAGGCUGGCCCGGGGUGUGGGUGGCACUGAGGAGGUAACGGCACUGCACGUGAAGUCCAUGCUGUGUGACGAGUGCCCAGCCAUCACCGAACUGGCACUUGGCACUCCUGAGGCCCUGAAGACCCUGACACCCUCAAUCCUUGCCAGACAGUGCCAGAAUCUCAUUGAAAAACAGGGAAAGGGAUGGAAGAAAGUUCGGAAGCUUAGUGUGGCGGCACUGUGCGGCACUGUGGUGGAAAACGGGGAUGCCAGGACGCGGGACAUGGCACUCUCCACCUGCCUACCCCUGGUCUUAGUGCCGACAGUACCAAGCGAUGUGGCACUUGCAAAAUCAUUAAAAUCAAAAAUUGUGCGGCACUCUCCAUUUUUAGGGGCACUGGUUGGCUGUGUGGGUGCCGAGGUGCCAGCGGAGACCUACAGUGACAGGGUGUGGAGUGCCAUGCCUCUCGUCAUCGCCAAACUGAGUGCCACGGAGAAAUUGGCACUCUGGGGCUUGUUAGAGUGCCAGGAGGAGGAGUGCCAAGGUGGUGGAAGGCUGGUGGUGGCACUGUGUCUCCUCCACGCGGCUCUGGGCACUCGGGGGGUGAAGGGGGAGGUGGCAGUCUCUCUAGGGCAUAGGAUGGUCGAUGGAUGUUUGGCACUCCUGGAGGAUGCCACUAACAGAACACCCCCCCCAGCACCCAGGGAUUGGAGUGGCCAUCGAGUCAGCCCCCAAGACAUACACACGUACAUACGCCAAGCGACCCGUGGUGACCCCCCCUAUGACCUCCUGGUGACCUGUGUCCUGCGCGCUGCCUCCCUCUUUGACCUCCCCCCAGCCUGCACCAAGUCCCCAUUCUGGACCCCUAUGAUGGAGGAUGAGCCAGGUCAAGGUCACCUACUGCUGCUCGUGAAGGUGACCCGGGCUGCCCUGAGGCUGGAAAGGUCAGGGGUCACGUCAGCCAGGGACGCCAUUCUGCUCAAAGUCUUCAAGGAGUGCCUCGGAGACCCCAGGGCACAGCUGCACUUCCUGGCACUGGUGUGGGGGUGGCAGGCGGCACUCCCUUACUCCACCCUCAUUGAUGACACUAUGCAGAUUUGGUGCCUCAAGCUUGGAGUGGCCCUGCUGUCCCGUGGCACCCUGUCCUGGACCCUGGCCCCCGAUAGCCCCCUGGUGCCCUCCCUCCUCUCGGCACUCACCAGCCACGAGGGGGGGGUGAGGCGGGGGGCUGUGGAGUGCCUAGGGUGCCUGAGUGCCAUUCCUGGGGGUGCACUCACUGUGGAGAGCCUGGUGGCAGUGGUGAAGGUGGUGGUCGACAGGGCAGAGGAGGUCAUUGAAGACGGAAGUCAGUUGGCAUCCGUGGUUAGGCCAACAGAGGGCAGUCAGGGGCGCCAACAGCAGCAGGCCACACAGUCACUCCUGGGGUUGGUGGUGGCAGGCCUGGCACCACACAUCAAGGCGGCACUCCUCUACACCCUCUCUGGUGCCACUCAGCCGACAAUCUUGCUAAAUUUAAUCCCAUUGGCAAAAGAUUUACUUGCAAAAACUGAGAAGAAGAAGUUUGCUGUUAAAUCAAGGAAGAAGGAGGAGGAGGAAGAGGAGGAGGAGGAGGAGAAGAGGCUAGAUCCUUCCUCCUCCCUCUGCCUCCUCUACAUACUCCAAAGGUUCACUACAGAGGCGGCAGGGGUGCUGGAAACGGAGGCAGGGUGGGGUGUGUUCCGCAAGGCCCUCUCUUCUGCUCACCCUUGUUUGUCUAUUCACGGAGAGAUGGUGUCUCCGCAAAGUGUCCUGCUGGAGGAGGUCCUGACAUCAAAGUUCCUAAGGUCUUUGUCCUCGGAAAUGACCCAAGCUCGCCUGUGGUCUCUCCUGGUGGGUCGGGUCACGUCCUCGGCUGACCCCAACGAGGCCAGCCGGCUGCGUCAUGCCCUGCGCCGGGUCACGCUGGAUGCUGAGGUCAUUGGAGGUCAAAUAGAGGCACUCCAGCUGGCUCCCAAGGUCACCAGUCUGAAGGAGGCCAGGGAGAGACGAUUGAAAUUGAAGGAGGACACAGCUCACCAAGAGGCAUGGCAGAAGCUCCACUUGAUGAUGGAAACCCUAACAGUGAUGGCUGACCUUAGACGACCUUGGCUGCUGGUGGGGCCUCUCUUCAACGUCCUCCACCUGACCUUGACCCUUGACCUGUCCUCCACCGCCCUCAUUCAGCAGCAGGUACUCUCCACUCUCAUCCACCUCCUCCACAAGGCCAUUGACGAGCUGGGAGAGAAAGAGGUUGGGUGUGUGUGUGUGGUGAGUGUGGAGGUGGUGGUGAAGGUGGUGCGGGCGUCUCUCAGCCACGACACACAGCGCCGCGCCCUCCUCCUCCUGGCACUGGCUGCUAGGAUAGUGCCAGAGUCUGUUCUGCACAAUAUGAUGUCAAUAUUUACCUUCAUGGGGACGUCCUUGCUGCGUCGCGAUGAUUCCUACUCUUUCCAAGUCAUUCAUCAAACCAUCCAGGCUAUUGUGCCCACCCUCAUCAAGUCCCAGGGUGCAGGUGUGGAGGUGCGGCUGGCCCAGGUGUGUCAGGUGUUUGUGGACGCCCUGCCGGACCUCCCCCACCACCGCAGGCUGCCUCUCUUCACCCAGCUGGCAGACACACUUCACCCGGACGCUAAUCUGUGGCUCCUUCUGGCUCUUCUCGGUAUGUUGGCACCCCUGUUUGUGUUGUGUUGCGGACUCCCACGUCAUGCGGAGCGGCGGGGGGGGCGGCGGCGGCGGGGGAGCGGGGGGGACGAGGGAGAGGACAAGCACAGCCUCCCCCAGGUGAUCCAGUUCUCUCUGAGUGUUGCCUUCCACUUCCCAGCCUCGGUGCAGCUCAGAGCCUGUAUCAAGCUGGUCGCCCUUGUUUCUGCCCUGCCCGACGACCUGGCCUUGGUGCAGCUCAGAGCCUGUAUCAAGCUGGUCGCCCUUGUUUCUGCCCUGCCCGACGACCUGGGUGUGUAUGGGGGUGUCUGGGGUGUGUGGGAGGUGUGUAAGGCCAUGGUGCAGCUCAGAGCCUGUAUCAAGCUGGUCGCCCUUGUUUCUGCCCUGCCCGACGACCUGGGUGUGUAUGGGCCUCCUCUCUCCACACAUACACAGAGGCAAAUUUUCUACCUCAAAUAUACAACAAUGGCGAUGUUAGGUCACCUUCUGGCUAAUGAGAUAUUUGUGGCCAAGGUCUAUGAAGUGGAGCAGCAGCAUCAUCAUCAGGAGGGCAGUGGUGGUGGCAGUGGUGGUGGUGGUGGUGGUGUUCUGCAGGGGUUGUUCCAGCACCUCCUCCAGCUGUCCAUGUGUCUCCUGCAGUCUGUCACCUCCGCCUGCCACCUCCACCAGGACAAACCACAAGGCCGCCUCUACACCUCCCUCCAGCGCAAGGUGAUGGAGGUGGUGGAAGGGGUGACGGCCCUCCUCCCCCCCCCGGCACUGCUAAGAGUCACCCAGGGGCUCCUCACCUCCCCUGUGGCACUAGUCAGACUGAAGGGUGCCGAACUCUGGCAGCCAAACUCAUGCCCUCCGCUGGGGUGUUCUUCAGGUGGGGCUGCAGACACCCCAGCGCUCCAGGUGUGCGUAGGGACACUCACCACAGCCACAGCAAACAAGGAGGAGGGUGCAGAAAAUAGACAAACAUAUUUAUUCUGUCUCCAGCUGGUCAUCCGUUACCUGGCCUCGCAUACACAGCCCCCAACAGGCCCCCACACCCUCCAGCCCACCCUCGAUGCUGCUGUGGGGGUGGUGUGUGGUCAAGGGGAGGAUGUGCGUGUGGUGACCCAGGCGCUGCUGGUGGUGGCGGAGGCUGUGGCGACUCUGCAGGUGGCGGCUGUCGGCUGUCUGAGUCGCCUCAUGCCAACUCUACUGAAAUUACUGUCUACUACUACUACUACUACUACUACUACUGCUACUAUUGCUACUACUACUGCUACUACUGCUGCUACUACUACUUCUGCUGCUGCUGCGACGACUACACAGCUGCUGGCGACUCUCACAGCGCUGCAUAAGGUGGUAAACAGUCUUCCCCAGCUGCUGUCGCCUUACCUGGAGGAGCUAGUGUGCCAGGUGUGCCUCGUUAAGCCCCCCAGGGAAGCCACAGGUGUCAGGGAGGGCAAGGUGGCAGGCAAGUUGGCAGGACUGAGAGAAGCUUUGGUCAAGAAUUUAGAAGCAAGAGUUUUGGUACCUCAGAUGUCCAAGGCCUUCCAGCGACUUUCCAGGGGUGAGUCGCUGUGGCCCCUGAGGACACUGGUGGGCUUGGUGGAGGGGGUGGUGGAGGAGGUGUCCGGCCCCACCCUCCCCAACCACCGCCCCGCCCUCCUCUCACUCCUCACAGCCGCCCUGGACAUACGCCAUGCUAAGAGUACAACAUUGAAGAAGAAGAAGAAGGAGGAGGAGGAGGAGGAAGAGGAGGAGCUGAGUGCUGUGGAGGGGACAGCAUUCACAGCACUGAGUCGCCUGCUGCUGCGUCUUCCUGAGCAGGACAAUAUUGCAAUUUUCUCGUCUCUGGUCACCUGGGCCACACCACAAGAUCCUCGACGCCUCCUUGUCUUCUACAGGUUCUCAGCACACCUGGCCACAACCUACAAAGUGCUGUUCCUUGCUGCCCACCUGGCUGACCUUCUGCUGACCCCCGCCGCUGACCUUAUCACCGCCAUCAACGACAACCCUCACGUGUUUGGCAAGGACGCGCACACAGAGACGCUCACAUGUGCACUGCUGACGGCCAUCUUGGAAACGCUCACCAAGAUAUGCGCACACGACUCAAUUGGAUUUGUCACCCAUGAGCGUUUUCACCUCCUGUGUGCGCCUCUCGCUGCCCUGGUUGGCAAUGAGGUAGGAGGCAGUGAGGCAUACAGGCAGAGGGUCAGCUGGCACCUCUCCCCCUGCCUGGCACGCCUGGCACUCGCUGGGGGGGACGACACCCUCUGGAGGAAACUAACUAACCUGGUGCUGGCUUACCUGAAGGAGGAGUCGACCAGGCCACAGGUGACUUUGGGCGCCCUGGAGGUGUUUGGCGGGCUGGUGGAGGCCCUUGGAGAGGACUACCUACGCCCCCUGGUAGCUGACGUCAUUCCAUCAAUUACAGAGGCCUUAGAGAGUGUCAAUACUGAUGUAGAGAGCGCCACAAGAUGUCUGUUCUCUAAGAUGGAAGGAAUUCUGGGGGACACAUUAAGGGCUUAUCUUGACCAUUGAGAGAGAGAGAGAGA